UCAAAUAAGAAAAUGGCCACACAAGAAAAGAGUCUGAAUGGCAUCACAAUCGCUGUGUCUUCAGGAACAUUAUUCAAUAUGGAACAAGAGAGACAAGUAUAUGAAGAAGAAGGGCUGGAGAAAUAUGCUCUGUAUCAACUGAAGCAUAAAGACCAACCUCUUUUACCCGGGGUGGCAUUUCCCUUGGUCAAGGCUCUCAUGAAUGUGAACUCACGUUUACGAGAACUCUAUCCAGACAGCAAGGAACUGUUUAACAUUGUCCUAAUGACAAACGACCACGACCAGGAUGAAGUGCGUUUCAUCAACAGCAUCAAUCAUUAUGGUUUAACUGUUGAGAAGGUUUGUAGGAGUGGUGCAGAAAGCACUGUGGGCCACCUGAAAGCCUACAUGACUGACCUCUACCUGUCCAAGGACUCAGAGAAGGUUAGAGAGGCAAUAAACAAAGGUAUUGCUGCCGCUACUAUGUUUGCCUGUGAAAAUGAGAUGGAGCUGAAGGACACAGAGCUACGUGUCGCCUUUGAUGGAGAUGGUGUUCUGUUCUCAGACGAAUCAGAGACCGUAUUCAUGACAGAAGGGUUGGAGCCAUACAUUGACAAUGAGAAGAAAUUUGUAAAUAAGCCCUUGAAACAGGGGCCUCUGAAAGGAUUUCUGGAGGCACUGGUGAAACUUCAGAAAAAAUUCCUCUCCAAGGAGACGUGUCCCAUCCGCACAUACCUUGUGACCUCUCGGGAUGAAGAAAGUGGAAAGGCUCGCGCCCAGACGACCUUCAGAAGCUGGAAACUGGAGGUGGAUGAAGAACUGUACUUGACAGGAAAACCAAAAGGACCCACGCUGAAAACCAUCAGGCCUCUUCUUUGAUGAUCAAAUGGGCCACAUUACAGGGGCCCAACAAGAGGGAACA